CACAUAAGCACUUGCACUACCACCCCACACCAACUCAACCGAUCGAAGGCCCUGCAUAUCUGCAAUUACUAGCAAAUUAGCUACUACUACCAUGCAUGCACAAAAGAAUGCCGUCGUCGUCGCCGACGACGUCGCCAUCGAUCUCCACCCGUUCAUACGCAAGUACAACGACGGCCGCGUCGAGCGUAUCCUGCGCAGCAGCUUCGUGCCGGCGUCGGAGGACCCCGCCGCCAGCCGCGGCGGGGUGGCGGCGAGGGACGUCAUCAUCGACGAACGCAACGGCGUGUCCGCACGCCUGUUUCUCCCGUCCGGCGCCGACGGCGGGAGGCGGCUUCUUCCCGUCGUCGUGUACUUCCACGGCGGCUGCUUCUGCACCGAGAGCGCCUUCGGCCGGACGUACCACCGUUACGCCGCCUCCCUCGCCUCGCGCGCCGGGGCGCUCGUCGUGUCCGUCGAGUACCGCCUCGCGCCCGAGCACCCCGUGCCCGCGGCGCACGACGACGCGUGGGCGGCGCUCCGGUGGGCGGCGUCCCUCUCGGACCCCUGGCUCGCCGACCACGCGGACCCCGGCCGCACGUUCGUCGCCGGCGACAGCGCCGGCGGCCACAUCGCGUACCGCACGGCGGUGCGCGCCGCCAGCCGCGAAGGCGGCGACAUCGGCAUCGAGGGGCUCAUAAUCAUCCACCCUUACUUCUGGGGAGCUCGCAUGCUGCCUUCCGAGGCGGCCUGGGACGGCGAGUCGGUGAUCAAGCCGCAUCAGGUCGGCGAGCUCUGGCCGUUCGUGACGUCCGGCAAGGCGGGCAACGACGACCCAUGGAUCGACCCUCCCGUCGAGGAGGUCGCGUCGCUAACCUGCCGUCGCGCGCUGGUGGCCGUGGCGGAGAAGGACUUCCUACGCGACCGCGGCCGCCUCCUCGCCGCCCGCAUGCGCGGCUGCGCGUGGGCCGGUGGCGGCGACGGACGCAACGUGACGCUUGUGGAGUCGGAGGGCGAGGACCACGGGUUCCACCUCUACAGCCCUCUCCGCGCGACCAGCAGGAGGCUCAUGGAGAGCAUCGUGCAGUUCAUCAACCAGCCUAGCCAUAGCCCCGCGCCGCUGCGGUGGCCGGCCACCAUCCUUUCCGAGCUGCAUGACACUACCGACUCGCCACAGAUUCUUCUACCCAUGCCCACUAGGGAGUACAAAGCAGUAUUUAUUGACAGGUUGGAAAAGAGAACUAAAACAGGUGCAAGCUCAGCAAAUAGUACUGCUGCUAAUGCAUCGUUAACAAUCGGCCGGGGGAAACUAGCAACAAAGAAAAGCUACGGGUUGUUCUUCGGCCGGACCAGAGCUCAUAUUUACGGAGGGUUAGCUUCUGCAGGGAGCCUGCAGUGUCCUCGUCCCUUCUGUGGAGCACCGUUGUCAGGUUAGCUAAUCUCCGUGGCCAAUGACAAAGAGUUCUGAUGGGAUACGGUGUGUUUUACUACUGGGCGAUGACAAGAUGUUGUUUUAUAAUUAUUAUGUGGAAAAACAACUGUUCUGGUAAAAUCUCCCUAUAACGUAAGAAAAGCUGGUAUUAUGUCAAAAAAUAUUUAAAUCAAUCAAGGAGCUAAGUACAAGUUAUCUGCAACCAGUUGUAAGUUGUAAUGUUCAUUCUUAUUAAAAUUAUUUAUGAUCCAUCGGUGGUAUGUACUUUUCCGGUUU